UGGAAGCAGGAAGUGCACUUCUUCCGGAGCAGCUGGUGUUGUUUUGCGCUGCGAUGGCCGAGGACCCCGCUCUGUCUCUCCGGGUCUCGGAGAUCAAGGACCCGGCGGCUCUGUUCGAGCGGUACAACACCGCGGAGAUUCGCCGCAUCGAGCGCAAGGUCCGCGGGGAGAUCGAGCAGAAGAAGGAGGAGCUGCGACAGAUGGUGGGGGAGCGGUACCGGGACCUGAUCGACGCCGCAGACACCAUCGGAGAGAUGAGGCAGUGCUCGGAGAGUGUGGUGCUGUCCAUCCGGGACAUGCACCAGUACUGCCACAGCCUGAAGCAAGGCAGGGCCGGGGGGGGCAGCUGCAGGCAGGAGAACCAGAGGCAGUGGCAGGACAAGUUCUACAUCAUGGCCUCUCAGAUCAAGCUCCUGCUGGAGAUCCCAGAGCGCAUCUGGAGCUCCAUGGAGGCGUGCCGCUUCCUGCAGGCCACGCAGCUCUACCUGCUGGGCUGCCACCUGCACAGCACGCUGCAGCUGGAGGCCGCCACGGGGGGGCACUACAGCCCCGUCCUGGCCCGCUUCCCCAUCCUGGUCCGGCAGGUGGCCACCACCGGGCAUGUCAGGUCCACCAUCCUGCUGGACAGCAGGUCUCUGCUGCGGGGCCGGGCCGUGUCGGACCAGGCCAUCGCUGAGGCCCUGGUGUCCACCAUGCUGCUGGAGGGCAGCUCCCCCCGCCAGGCCCUGGCUGACUUCCUGCUGGCCCGGAAGGCCUCCAUCCAUCAGCUGCUCAACCAACCACAGCACGGUGCAGGGAUUAAGGCUCAGGUGUGCAGCCUGGUGGAGCUGCUGGUCACCACCCUGUUCCAGGCCUACGCGGUCUUCUACCUGCCCCCAGAGGGACAGCCCCGGCCUUCAGAGGGAGCUCUGAGCUGUGGCAUGCUCUUCUCCACCCUGGAGAAUGUCACCUCUACCACAUAUGCAGCUAAGAAGCGCCGGGUGUUGCAGGAGGAGACGAGCCCCGGCAGCUGGUUCCGGUAUCUGCCCCCCUCCAUCACUGAGUUCCAGCCUGCCCUGCGCACCCUGGCUCAGCCAAUCCAGAGAGAGCAGCUGCGGGACACGCUGCAGCAGUGGAUCGACACCUGUAAGGAGGACAUCUGUCGUGGGGUGGGCAGCCUGCUGGUGUACGUGAAGAGUCUGAAGGGGCUGGCAGCCAUCAGAGACGCCGUGUGGGACCUGCUGUCCUCAGACUCCAUCAGCCAGACCUGGAGCGGUGUGUGCCAGCGGCUGCUGGAGCGCCCCCUGCCUGUGUGGGACGACUUCCUGCAGAAACUCUUCCUCCAGCGCCUGCAGGCCAUCACCAAAGAAGAGAGUGAGGCCAUCUCUGCGGGCUCCGUGCAGCUGCUCUGCUCCGCCGUCAGGGACCUGGAGGCUCAGACUCUCCACACGUCUUCAGGAAGCAGCUCUAGCCGGGGGGGGCAGUACGAGGCGGACGUGGCGGCCUUCCUGUGGGCGGAGUCUGCGGGGGACCUGCUGAGCGACGCGGGCUGGGUCAGUGUGGGCCAGCGAGGGCAGCAGCACCAGAGGAGCAACCUGGCCAUGAAGACCCAGGCCCUCACACCCUGCGUCCAGAACUUCUGCUCCUCCCUGGACGCUCAGCUGAAGGCCCGGCUGGAGGACCUGCAGUACUACCUGCCCUCCAAACACACAGGUUCUGACUCGGCCUCAGGUCCCUCCUCUUCCUCCUCCUCCUCCCCUGAUCUCACAGAGAGCUCCUCAGCCUCCUCCUUUAACCGCUUCACGGACUCCCCGUCCGUGGAGGAGGCGUUACGGGACGGCUGCGCGGCCUGCGUCCGACACAUCCUGUCCUCGGUCCGCUCUGAGCUGAGAGCAGCCUCCCCUGCACCCCCCACCCCCGCCCGCCUCAGCUCAGUGCUCUUCAUGGCAAGGCUGUGCCAGUCGAUGGGGGAGCUCUGCCCCAACCUGAAGAAUUGCAUCCUGGGGAAACAGGAGGGGUCCGAGGCCCCUGCCAAGGUGACCCCCAGACAGGGCAAGAAGCUGGGCAAAGCCAGGGCGGCCCCCGAGGUGAGCCCCGUCCAGGCCAAGUGGGCGGGGCUAAAGGAGGAGCUUCUGAUCUGCAGCAUGGAGGCAUACCGCAUCUGGAGCGGCGCACUGUCCAAAGUGCUGCUGGAGAAGUUGGGCACAGCGCUGCAUGCAGAGUCUGCCGGGGCGGUCCUGACCACAGGGACUAACUGGGAGGAUCUGGAGAUCCAGGAGGAGGCGGAGUCAGGGAGCAGCGUGACAUCCAAGAUCUGUCUUCCAGUCCAGCCGUCCUGGUUCGUGCAGUCGCUGCUGUUCCAGCUGUGUGUGGAGGUGAACAGGGUGGGGGGGCACGCCCUGCCCCGGCCCACCCUGCAGGAGCUGCUGCAGACCUGUCUGGAUCAGGCCCUGCAGCACUACCACAGCCUCACACAGCGGGCCCCCAGCACGGAGGGAGUGUUCCCCAUGACUCAGAACAGAGCCCUGCAGCUGCUGUUUGACCUGCGGUACCUGAACUCAACCCUGGGCAGCAGACAGGAGGAGGGCAAAAGCUCCAGAUCCCACCAAGACCCCAGAUUCCACGACGUCUGUGAUUGGCUGGAGGGCUACAUCGACCCAUUUGACCUGGACGUGUUCACCCCCCCGCUGAACACCAACCUCAACCGCAUGUCCCAGAGGACUUCGGUGCUGCUGGGCCUGCUGACGGGCUCCGAGAAGCAGUUCCCCUCGCGGAGCAGCAGUGUGAACUCCCAGGAGCCGUACAACAUCCUGCCACUGGCCAGCAGCCAGAUCAGGUUCGGGUUGCUACCUCUCAGCAUGUCCAAUGUGCGUAAACCCAAGUCGGCCUCCCGGAGCUCUGAGGCUCCUCACCAGCUGCAGACGCCUCGUCCCCCCUCCUCCACAGCGGGUGAGGACAGCUUCCGGCCGGGCAGCCUCUUCAGACAGCUGGCUGCUCAGGACGAGGACUCUGCCGCUCCCUCUCUGUUCAAACUCAGCUGGCUGUCUGGCAUGGCCAAAUAACCCUUUAUGCAAAACACUUUUUAUUUGACUUUGCAGAAACUUUGUAAAAAUAAUAUAUAGUAAAACAAUUUUGUCUUUGAGA